AUGAAGGUUGACUCUCCCUCCAGGCUUUAUGGAGUAUCCUGCGUUCAGACGUGGUAUUAUUUCAAUCGUUACUCAAAGGUACCCGAAACAGUUUGCUUUGCUGCAAGAUUUAUUUUCAUGGUUGUUCAGGACGUCUGGUACAUCAAAGCACUUGUUGGAGGCGUCUGGUUCUUUGAUAGUGUGCAUCAAAUGCUCAUCUCUCACACUGUGUAUUACUAUGUCAUCUCCAAUUACAAUAAUCCCGCUAUCCUUACGAAUAUGGUCUGGAGCAUCCUGCUUGAAGUGUUGUUUAAUGGUUUCAUUGGCUUCUUGGUUCAAAUGUUUUUAACGCUGAGAGUGUGGAGGUGUACGGAUGCAACCAGCCCUUCUAUCUUGAACGAGCCGCGCUUACGAGAUUACAGUGAGCAGUCAAAACAUCCCGUUGACAGCCGUUGUGGGCGCAUUGGUUCUGGCGGAAUUUGGCAAGUUUCAGCUUCGCUGCUGCCCGGCGGAUGUCUAACCAAGCUAUUUUCACGAAGGCUGUUCCGUUGCAUGCGACUGCAAACUUGGGGUGAACUGACUCGACUGAAGGGCCUCUCAAUUACUGUGAAUAUAUUAGCCGCGGUAGCAGACAUUCUCAUUGCAGCCUCCCUCUGUUACUUUCUCCAUCGUUCGAGGACUGGGUUUAAAAAGUCGGAUACGAUGAUUAGCAGAUUAAUUCUUUUUACCGUUAGCACUGGCAUGUUAACUAGCAUCUGCGCCGUUGCAUCCCUGAUUUCCAUACUGAUUUGGGGUCAAACUCUCAUUUACGUGGCGUUUUAUUUCAGCUUGGGCCGACUCUAUAGCAAUUCUGUUCUAGCAACGUUAAAUGCUCGAAACGGCAUUCGUGAAUUAGGUGAAGACAGCGACGAAAUGUCGUUUUCCUUGCAGAACUUCUCAAAAUCGGGGGAAGGGCAAGUGGGCUCACUGAGGCCUACGAACAUAUCUAUUAAGAUAGAAACAAUGCAAGAUUUUUCUCGCGAACGAUAUGGACCAGAGUCGACGGUGGCCGAUGGUGCUUUCUAA